AUGGGAUAUGAAAUAAGAGAUUGGAAUGCUUCAGACGAAUAUAAUAAAAAGACUGCUAAUUAUAUACUAGGAGACCUUAAAUCUAACUCUAUUCUAAAUUUGUUAAAAAGAAAAAAAAAAAUAAAUGAUUAAAAAAACAACCAGGUUGAUGAUGAAGUCAAAGUUAAAACAAACAAAUAUUCAUAAUAAUAAUGGAUGAAGAUAAAUCCUAAGGUUAGGAGCUUAACAAAUAACUGUUAUGAUAUCAAGUUUGUAAAGCCAGAAAAAUAUGAAAUGGAUGAAAGAUAUUUUGAUAUCUAAUCAUUUAAAAAAAUAUCAGAAAGGUUUGGAAAUGAUAUCCGUUAAACAUCCAAUUUUUUAGAAAUGUAUUUUAAGGUUAGCAAGAAAUUAUAAGUUAUUAAUUCUAAAAAACUCUAUUCAGGUUAAAAGGAUACUACAGUCAUUUUAGAGUCCUCGACCGACUUAGUUGAUGUAGAGCUAAAAAUUCUAAAAAUAUCUUUGAGAGAAAGAUAGAAAUAGAGGCCGUUUUAGAUUACUUAGAAUAGCAGAAACAAAAUAAGAACACAAACAAAACAAAGCAAAUCAGAAUCUUCUUAUCGUAAGUAUGGUUAAAAUCUAGAUGAUUUAGUCUAUUCAGAUACAGAAAAGCUAUAAUAAGAUAAAAAUGGGAUGUUGACGAACCUUAACUAGUAAGAUGAACAAGAAAAGCCAAAGCAAAAAAAAUAAUAGAAAAAUAAAAGUAAGGCACCUAAAACAAAAAAACAUAAAUCUAGAAAAAGCUGA